GCGCCUCCAGACCAGAGUCACGAGACCCGACCAAAAUCACGAACGAGAACGCCAUAUGCCAACGCGACGCGCGCCACCUCGGAAACCCGCCUUCCUUCCUUCUUGCACCGUAAGAAAGAAAGGGAACCCCAAACCGCGUCGUCGAUCGGCAACGGCACCGCCCCUAGCCCAACCUAUAUCUUCACCACCACCUCGUCGUCGAUCGCUUCAUCGAUCACACAACCCAAUUCGGACGCAACAAGAAGCCAAAGGAUCCACAGGAACGACCAGAUCGAGGCGGCGAUGGCGCGGCGGGGCACCGAGGCGUUCCCGGACCUGGGCGCGCACUGCGACAGGCAGGACUGCAACCAGCUCGACUUCCUGCCAUUCCCCUGCGACGGCUGCGGCAAGGUCUUCUGCACGGAGCAUCGGACGUACCGGGACCACGGCUGCGCUAAGGCCGCCGACCAGGGCCGCACCGUCGUCGUCUGCGAAGCCUGCGGCGACGCCAUCGAGCGGCUGCCGGGGCAGGACGACAAAGGCAUCCUGGAGGCCCACGCGCGGUCGCGCCGCUGCGACCCGGCCAGGAAGCGCAAGCUGCGGUGCCCCGCGCGGCGGUGCAAGGAGGCGCUCACGUUCUCCAACACCACCCAGUGCAAGGGGUGCGGCCAGAAGGUGUGCCUGAAGCAUCGGUUCCCCGCGGACCACGACUGCGCUGGAGCGGGCAGCCAAGCCGCGUCGACGGCGGCCGCGAGGAGGGCAAGGGAGUGCGGCCGCGACGCGCAGAAGAAACAGGGCGGCGGGUGGGCGCUGCCGGUGUUCGUCAGGAACCUGAAGAUAUUCUGAAGCUUCGAUUCACAGCUGUGGCGUAUCGGCAUAUCGCAACCAGGCUUCCGGCGUGAAAAAAGAUUUGUUCGUGAGUCGGGACGCAGAAAUUUCAUAGAAAAUCGAUUGUUUCUCACAAUAUUGGGAAAAAACUUGUGUUGGAGUCAAUCUUUUAAGUGACAAAUCAUACAUUUAUUUAUUGUUUUCUUUUGGGUAA